AGCGGAGCAGUGAUACACUGAUCUUCAGAGAGAGGAUAGAAGCGGAGAACGCUCACUCAAAACAGUGUUCACAACUACUCCAAACUCAUCAGCAAGUUUGACCUCCCGAGAGAUUUUGUUUGCAUUAUAGAUAAAUAACUAGAUGUGUUUGGGAAGUUGGAGUAUUUACUCGAUGCUGCCAGACCUGCUGAGAUUUUCUAGCAAUUUCCAUUUUUGUGACAGGUCUUUUCAGAUGCACACAGAAAAAACGUAAAGCCAGUCAGGAAGAAAUUGCUCACCAUCCCAUGGCUCCAAUAAAGACCAAUUGGUUUUGGGCCUUUUUUGUUGGAGCUCAGGGAUUUAUUGUGGUGAUUGGAGGAGUUGGAAGCAGUGGGUCAUCUGUUUCACUGGAUCACCAGCACUGUCAGCAAGCAGCACAUCCUAUUGUAACUUAUAGAGAUAUUGCACCGUGGCUGCACACAUUUCAAGCUGCAGAUGUAACAGACUAUUCACAGCUGAUCUUUGACCCGAGCCAAAAAGAACUCAUCGUUGGAGCAAAAAACUACCUCUUCAGGCUAAAACUGGAGGAUCUGACAUUAAUUCAGGGAGUGGAAUGGCUUUCAGAUGAAACAACAAAAAAGAGUUGUUUCAGUAAAGGAAAAACGGAGGAGCAAUGUCAGAAUUAUAUUCGUGUCCUCCUCAUAAACAGCAACAGGAUCUUCACCUGUGGUACAAAUGCAUUUACUCCAAUAUGUACCAAUCGGACGCUAACUGACUUGACAGAAAUCCAUGAUCGCAUCAGUGGCAUGGCUCGCUGUCCAUACAAUCCUCAACACAAUUCCACUGCUCUAAUUACAUCCACUGGAGAACUGUAUGCUGCCACAGCCAUGGAUUUCCCAGGGAGAGACCCUGCCAUCUACCGGAGCCUGGGUGGGCUUCCUCCUCUGCGCACGGCUCAAUACAACUCAAAAUGGCUGAAUGAGCCAAAUUUUGUGUCAUCCUAUGACAUUGGAAACUUCACGUAUUUCUUUUUUCGGGAGAAUGCAGUGGAACAUGACUGUGGAAAAAAUAUUUUCUCCAGAGUGGCCAGAGUGUGUAAAAACGAUAUUGGAGGGAGAUUUCUCCUGGAGGAUACCUGGACAACUUUCAUGAAAGCUCGAUUAAAUUGUUCUCGCCCUGGUGAAAUUCCUUUUGAUUACAAUGAGCUGCUAAGCACUUUCUUUUUACCUGAGCAAGACAUGCUGUAUGGAAUCUUCACCACUAAUGUGAAUAGCAUAGCGGCUUCAGCUGUCUGCAUGUUUAAUCUUAGUGCCAUUACUCAAGUUUUUGCUGGGCCAUUCAAGUUCCAGGAGAAUUCUCAUUCAGCGUGGCUGCCAUUUUCCAAUCCUAAUCCUAAUUUUCAGUGCGGUACUAUCGAUUCUGGUCCUUAUGCGAAUCUCACAGACAGGAGCCUCCAGGACGCUCAAAAGUUUAUUCUUAUGCAUGAAGUGGUACAGCCCGUUUUUCCAAUGCCUUUCUUCUUGGAAGACAACAGUCGGUUUUCCCACAUAGUGGUGGAUGUUGUGCAAGGAAAGGACAUGCUUUUCCAUGUUAUGUACUUGGCCACAGACUAUGGAACGAUUAAGAAGGUUCUUGCCCCUUUGAAUCAAAGUGGGAGUGGUUGUUUGUUGGAGGAAAUAGAACUUUUUCCAAUCAGUCAGAGAGACCGUAUAAGGAACCUUCAAAUCCUACACAGUCAGAGUGUUCUGUUUGUUGGACUACAGGAGCAUGUGAUAAGACUCCCUCUGAAACGCUGCAGCUUUUACAGAAGUCGGAGUUCAUGUAUGGGAGCUCGAGACCCUUACUGUGGCUGGGACUUGGUCUUAAAGAAAUGCACAACGUUAGAAGAAAGCAUGAGCAUGACCCAGUGGGAGCAAGAAAUCAGCUUGUGCCCAACAAGAAACAUGACUACGGAUGGGAAUUUUGGAUCUUGGUUGCCAUGGAAACCUUGCAGCCAUGCUGAUGGUAACACCAUUGGGUUAUGUAUCUGUAGAACCCGUCUGUGUGAUAGUCCAUCUCCACAGUGUGGAGGACGACAGUGUGAGGGUGCCAGCAUGGAGGUUGCAAACUGUUCUAGGAAUGGUGGCUGGACUCCUUGGACACUGUGGUCUCCUUGCAGUACAAGUUGUGGAAUAGGAUUUCAGGUCCGACAGCGGUCUUGUAGUAACCCAACUCCUCGGCAUGGUGGGCGUGUCUGCGUGGGACAGAACCGUGAAGAGCGGUAUUGCAAUGAGCAUCUUCAGUGCCCUUCACACACAUUCUGGACGCCAUGGGGCCCAUGGGAACGCUGCACUGCACAGUGUGGGGGAGGUGUCCAGGCUCGCAGGCGAACAUGUCAGAAUGGUAAUGAUUGUCCAGGCUGCAAGAUGGAAUACCAACUUUGUAAUACUAACCUGUGCCCUGAACUCAAGAAGACCACUCCUUGGACCCCUUGGACGCCUGUUAAUAUCUCAGACAAUGGAGGUUAUUAUGAGCAGAGAUUUAGAUACACAUGCAAAGCCCGCCUGGCUGACCCAAACUUCCUGGAUGUUGGCCGUCAAAGAAUAGAAAUGCGUUACUGUUCUAGUGAUGGAUCAACUGGCUGCUCUGCAAGUGGUGGGUUUUCUGGAAAUAUCUUACGGUAUGGGAGAACGUCUGCAUAUUCGGUCAAUGGUGCUUGGUCUCCCUGGCUAUCAUGGACACAGUGUAGCCGAGACUGCAGCCGGGGAAUUCGAAGUCGAAGGCGAAUGUGCAAUAAUCCUGCGCCAAGGAAUGGAGGGCUUCCCUGUCUAGGACAAUCAUUGGAAUAUCAGGAAUGUAAUAUCAUGCCUUGCCCAGAGGAUGGUGGUUGGUCCUGUUGGUCUUCCUGGUCGAAAUGCUCUGUUACAUGUGGGGGUGGACAUUACAUGAGGACACGCUCCUGCAACAAUCCUCCACCUGCCUAUGGAGGAGACAUCUGUCUGGGUCUUCAUACUGAAGAAGCAUUGUGCAACACACAUGCCUGUCCAGAUAAUUGGUCAGAGUGGUCCGUGUGGUCAGAAUGUGAGGUCUCAGGUUCACAGCAUCGCACUCGUCACUGUAAAAUCUUAUUUCCUGUUGGUUACCAGUGCUCUGAGAAUAGCAGUGAGAGCCGAACCUGUAUCUUUGAUAACAACUUCAUUCCUGAAGUGCAUAUUGCUAAGUCCAGCUUGGGUGACAGAAGAUGUGGUGAAUUCAACAUGUUCCAUAUGAUUGCAGUGGGAUUGAGCUGCUCUAUCUUAGGCUGUCUUUUAACAUUACUUGUAUAUACCUAUUGCCAGCGAUAUCAACGGCAGUCCCAUGAUGCUACUGUCAUCCAUCCAAUUUCUGCAGUUCCCCUCAACACGAGCAUCACAAAUCAUGUCAAUAAACUUGAUAAAUAUGAUUCGGUGGAAGCCAUUAAGGCUUUCAACAAAAACAAUUUAAUCCUUGAGGAACGAAAUAAAUACUUCAAUCCACAUCUUCAUGCAAAGUCCUUUUCCAAUACCUAUUUCACAGACUUCAAUAUGUACGAUGACUAUUAGAUUGGUAAAUUGCUCAAAGCAGACUAGUCUACUGAUUAAAGAUCCCUCUUUUCAUUCUGGACUGGAGAUGAGGCUGCACUAAUAACUACCAACUUUCGUUCCUACCUUUUGCCUGUCUAAAACUUAAACACCAAUGACAACACUUGAAAGGAUCAAACACAGAAAUGGAUUUCAGCUAAGUUGGAAUUUAGUUGUUCUGUUCUGCUGUGCUAGAACUAAGGACUGUACCUUCUAUUAAAGAAGUUUAUCUUACAGUGACUAAAGAAACACAAACAGUGCCUGUGGACAGAAGAUCGUCAUUUAAUGAAUUUUGUGUGUUUGUGUUUUCACCAGUCCUAUUCAAUUAUAUACUAAAGCAAUGAGAACAUUUGAAAAGUACAACUCAACUCAGAUGUAAGUGGUAUAGGGCUGGGAAUCAAGUCCUAACAAAUCGAGUUUCUGAGUGACUUGCAGAGCUGCCCCAAUGAGACUGUUGCAUUUUAUGUUGUAUGUGGUCAGGAAUAUUCAACUGUAUUGACUGUCCGUCACUUCGUGCCAUUCCAAAGACCCAGCCAACUGCAACUUGUAGAGCAGAAUCUGUUUUUUUUUACAUUACUUUCAAGAUAGUUAGAAGGUAGACCUUAAGUGCAUCUGUGUUACUUUUUUUUCUAGGUAAUCUCCAUUGUCUGUUGUAUACUUAUUGACCAAUUUACCUUUGCUGUUUGAAAAUUCAGACAAUCAUGAAAUAUUUUCAGUGUGAGAUUUACAAAACUGUAAAUAAUUGACUGAACAUAUGAAUAGUACAAAUGAUUAACUAGGUAUGUUUAGCUCAUUAGGCAACUCAAUGCCCCACUGUCAACAACAUUAUUAACAGCAAUUUUGAAAAACAAUGGCUUUUGCACAGAGCCCAUCAGCUGUGAAUACUUGCAGUUUUUGCAGGAUUUAAACUGUUAAUUUAUCCUGUUGUUGCUUUGUAUGUUGAGUUCCUUUGUUAAUUGCAGAUUUGAAUGGUUUCUCACAACUGAAGUCUUUUGCAUAUGAUAUAUUACAAUAGUUAAACUUAUUUUCUGCUUGAUUGUUGAGAUUCAUAAGGCUGCUCUCAGCUGUUUGCUGUUAUUUUGCCAAGAGCAGGUUGUAAGAUUCAGUUCCUUAAACAAAUGAAUUACCUGAUGUUGAAAGCCACAAGAUAUCAUUUGGCAUUCAUCAUCCACUAUCUAGGAUAUCUGACCAUUUGCAAAUGUUUGCUUUCUUCUAUUAACACUACUUAAAGCAUUCACAUCACAGUCCCAUACAUUAGUGCAAUUUGUUACAUGUUUAUUUUAAUUGGAUUAAUAAAUGUUUUCAGUAAUUCAUAUGGAUAUUUUAUAUGAAAGUAUUAGGUAACAUGCUGCCAGAUAUCAAAGUCUAAGCUAUUUGUCAUAAUUUGAAAAGACAAAUAUCAGCAUAAUUACAGCAGCAAUUGAAACAGGCUGCUGUUUAUUUUUCCCACUGUAACAGAAAUACAUAUAUGUUAUGGCAUUUUCCUCCCUCGAAAUGCUGCAGUGCAAAAGGGGAUAAAAUGGGCAAUUUCAUUACAAGUUCAGACAGUAACAUUUCUUGCCCUCCUUCAGCAACAAUCCACCAAUAAAAUUGCAUUCUAAAAUUAAGAAAAGUCACAUCCUAGAAUACUAAUCUAUCUCUAAACUACCUUUUUCUCUUCUGUAUGUUGGUUGAGCAGCAUGUGAAUUUCUAAAAUUUAUGGUUUUAUUUUUCAUCAGUCUUUGAAUACUUGAAAGUGUAACUGAUGGAAGUGUAUUUGAAAAAAGUGAUCUGCAUUGAUUGUACUCUUCUGCAACAAAUGCAGCUUCAACAAUCUAUUUUUAGCUUUACUAUUGGCAUGGUUUAUGUAGUGUCAUGGUUAAAUGGUUUUUUAACAUUGAAGUAAAUGUUAGAAAGUAGCAGUCCAAGCAUGCAGUGGGAGUUGUAUUAGAAGUGGCCUCAGACAUUAGUGAGACCUAUACAUUUUUUUAAAGAAAGAAAACUGUGCUGGGAGUGACGACCUCCACACUUUUUCCCAAUGUACACCUCAAUUCUCAUUAAAUUUUAUUAUUAGCACCAGUUUCCAAAAUCUAUCUGUAUGGGCCAAGUGGACCAUCUAGCCUUUAUACACAGUGCACAGGAACACAAUUAACCUGCAAAUAGCCUUUAAACAAAAAAACAAGGCAGCAAAGUGUAUUUUGUCCAAGAUUUGUGAGUUUCAGGGUGAUUGGGGGUGGGAGUAAAGGUGUUCUGGAAAAGGUGAAAUUUAGGUCAGAUGCCAAAAAAAUCCUUUUAUGCAGAAAGUAGUAAGCAGCUAGUAUAUGGUUUUAGUAAGAGUGAUUGAGACACGGCAAAUGGCUGAAAGGUCUUCCUGUUCUGAACCAAUCUGUGAUGUUGGCAUCCUUCAAAGUCCUACAUUCUCAGGUUCAUUACAGCAUCAUUCAUUACGAGUGAAUUAGACAUGAGUCAGUAAUAUUUCUAAACUAAAAGAGGGAAUUCAAACCUUUAUAAAUGCUGAAGUAAACUAGACAAAUUAGUUAUCUCACUGUGGUGCGUUUUGAUGCAGAAGGAAAAUUCUAGUUUUGAUAUUUUUGUGAGACCUAGUUAAUACUUUUCAGAAUUCUUAAAGGAAAAUAUUGGCAUCAGUGGGAGUAAAAUUUAUUAACAUUUGCUUGCUAAAACAUUCCUAGAAAUGACAUUUCAGAGUUGUGUAUUCCUACAAUUUCAUUAGUAUUACUAAGUAAGAAGUUGUUUAUUUUUUACUAAAAUAAACAGGAGUUUAAUUCCCAUUAAUAUGACUAAGAACUUUUAGAUGCUAAUUUUUCACAUUUUAAGAUGUAUGAAAUAGCUUCAGGAUAAUUUUACAUGAACAGCUGUUACAAAAGGCUAAAGAUUGUACAGAAGGAUGUGAUACAAAGGUAACAAUAAUGUGGAUGAAAGUAGGGAGAACAUGAUUAAUUGACUGAGCAAAUGUUAUUUUUAAAAGUUUUUAAUAUUCUUUUAAAUGUCUAUUUAAUAUUUUAAAUUCAGGAAGUUUCUUGUCACCAAUCAAUUCGAUUUUUAUCUUAAUUUUUACCCCUUAUUAAAUGUUAUCAUUAAGUUAACCAUUGUAAGUACUAUGGUUUCUGUUUUUUGGAGAUUUCUUGCUGGGGCAAGUCAUCUAAUGAGUUGACGCUCAUGGAAGCUAUUGGUAGGGGUUAGACAGAGGCAUUUCUGCUUGAAAUGUCACACAUAUAAAUAUUUAAAUCCAUGGAUAUUGCAUGAUGUCCUGCUAACCCUUAAGGUGUUGACAAUUAUUAUUGGUGGCUGUAUGUGACUAAUUUUGAGGCAACUCUUUAAUCUAUCUUUAAUUAGGGCCACAAUUAGAUUAAAUUAAUUAUCAUUUUAAUUCCAUCAAAUGUUAUAGCUGCAAUUGCCUGAAUAUAUUGGAACAGUGAUUUCAGAUUUUCUCAUGUUCCCACUGAACAGCAGAUUUACAAUUGCUUUCUAAUGUCACACAUUUGUCUUGGUUAGAACUCUUGUUAUGGAUAUUUAAUUAUCUACAAAUAAAAUGUGCUACAUUAGCUGUCCUGUGCUCAGGUUAUUAUUAGAACUUUAAGUGGAAAAUGGUAUGUUACUUAGUGGGCUAAGUUAGCUUUCAGCAUAGCUGGUAGGAGGAAGCUGAUGUCAGUAGAAAGUGAAAUUGGACUGGGGUGUCUAUUAAGCCAUUACUUUGUGAUUGACACUGGACGUUUUGCUUUUAGGAGUGACAGCAUUAAUGUUAAAAUAUAUUGGAGAAAAAUCUAACCAGUUUACAGUUUGUGUGGACAUAAUGAGCAUACCAAAAAUAACGCUUUUGGUGCCUUUGUUCAGAUUGACUGAUUUGAAAUCAUAACAAUUACUAGCAGUCUGACUAUAAAAUUCUAAAUACCGGUAAAUACCAUAGCAUCAAAAGAAUGCUAAUGUCGUGUUGAAAUCACAUUUUCAAAAGAAAAAUGAUCAGAAUCCAAAGCUUUUGUUCCAAAAGUCAUAGUUUUCAAUUUCAAGCAUUCUGUUUCUCAAAUGUCAUAUGAGCUAUCAUUUUCUUUCACAGUUCAGAAACAAAGCCACUAGUGAACAGACAAUGCACUGAAAUUAGAACAGAUCUUCGAAGAAAAAGAUUAGAGCAAAAGCAACAAGAAGUUCAUAUGAAAGGGCGCAGUGCUGUUUUUCAGAUGUAAUAUUCCAAUAUAAAAACUCCCUACUCUAGAUUGGUUUCUGUGGGCAGCCUAGCAGUUGCAACAAUUGAGCAUCAGGUGACAGUAUUCAUAAAGGUUAUUUUAGAAUCGUAAUAAUGAUGUUUGUUUUUAGCUUGAUUUCUCGUAUGUGGGUAAAGUUUGCUAACUCAGUGCCAGAAUACUGAAUCAGGCAGUGUGGAGUGGCCAAAUCCAACUCUUGAGUGAUGAUUCUAGAUAAAACCCUCUGCUGCAGAUGUACUCUCCAACUAUGGCACUGACAACUCACCUUCCCAGCUAAGCAAGGAAAUUCAUUAAUGGUUAAAGCAGCAGAGACCCAACAGGUAGCUGUGGGAAGGAAUUGAGUAAGGAAAUAGUUUUUCCCCUGAAUAGAUACCAUGAGAGCUAUAUUUAAAGAACUUUGCGUGACUGGAAAAUUUUGCUGAAAAAUGGUAAAUACACUGUCCAUCGAGUGUGAUUUGUGUACAAUGUAAUAUGUAUUCAGUGUUUUUCAGCAGGUCCUCAUAAUGUAAAAUAAUUGUAUUAUAUUUUUGUACUUUAGCUCAGUGUAAAUAAUCUGUUUCUUCAACAAAAAACAUU